GUGUGGUCAUGAGGGUAACCACACCCUUGCAGAAAUUACUUUGGGUAUGCGGCUGCAGGUGAAAUCAUGAAAGAUUUCUGGGCCAGCACGGCGUAGCUUGGCGGAGAAAGCUGGUGCACAAUUAUUUACUCUGCAAUAACUUCAUAAUGGAAGGGAUACAGAAGCUCCUGAGGAUUUUACUGUUUACAGUAACUGUCACAGGAGAGCCUCGUGCCAUUUGCCCGAAUCCGACAAUUGAGGCGGUGGAAGGUGAUGCGGUCACUCUACCCUGUUAUCUGGAUCCCCCGCACAGCGUAGUGGAUUAUGCUGCCGAUUGGAAAAGAGCUGACCUCAAAAAGGUCGUCUACUCGUACCGACACAAGCAGGAAAAUCGCAAUGACCAGAUGGCUCAAUACAAAGGCAGGACAACUUUCAACUUUGACAACCUGAUAAGAGGAAACAUGGCACUACAGAUCUCCUCACUACAGCCGUCUGACAGUGGACCAUACGAAUGCUUUGUCUCAAGACUGUGGACCAGCUGUGGUGUUAAUGUCACUGUUGUGAGCAAAGACCAGCAGAACACGACACAGAGAGAUGAUUACAGCGCGCCCAGACCUCCACUGGAUGAGCCACACAACACUGAUGGUAGAAACAGAGAGACUGCCCGCGCUGUUAUCAUUUCCACUGUUGUCCUUCUUUUUGGAGUUCUGAUUGUGGUUCUGGUGAAACGUGGAACGAUCCAGAAAAGUAUGACGAGGCUCAGAGGACAGGGGGAGCAAAAGUCGGAGGCGGCAAACGGCUGUGAGCUGAAACAUCUGAGGACUUCAUCAACAAACAGUGACCCCGAUGCAGGCAACUUGAACAAUGUGCAAGUAGUAAAGUGAUGGCCCAAACCAUCAGGUCAUUUUCUUUAAA